AAGAGGAGGAGGAAGAGGGGGUGGGGCUGGGGCGUGUCGCUCCGUCCUGACCCGGGACAGUUUCCUUUCCACUCACACCUCUGCCAGAGCAGUGGAGGAGGAGACUGGCAAACGAGGCUGGCUGCGCUCUGGGCAUGGGGACCCCACGGGCGCCCUGGCCGCUCGUCUGGGCCGUGCUGCAGCUGGGCUGGUGGCCAGGACGGCUCCUAGAUUCCCCCGACAGGCCCUGGACCCCCCUCACCUUCUCCCCGGCACAGCUCACUGUGCACGAGGGGGACAACGCUACCUUCACCUGCAGCCUCUCCAGCGUCCCCAAGAGCUUUGUGCUCAACUGGUACCGUAUGAGCCCCCGCAACCAGACAGACAAGCUGGUCGCCUUCCAGGAGGAUCACGUCCAGCCUGGCCCGGACAGACGCUUCCACAUCACGCGGCUGCCCAGCGGCCGGGAUUUCCACCUGAGCAUCGCAGCUGCCAGGCCUAAUGACAGCGGCACCUAUCUGUGCGGGGCCAUCUACCUGCCCCCCAACACGCAGAUCAACGAAAGCCCCCGUGCGGAGCUCACCGUGAAGGAGAGAAUCCUGGAGCCCCCCACGGAGAGCCCCAGUCCCCCACCCAGACUCCCUGGCCAGUUACAGGGGUUGGUCAUUGGCAUCACAGGUGUGCUGGUGGGGGUCCUACUCCUGCUGCUGCUGACCUGGGUCCUGGCCACUGCCUUCCCAAGGGCCACUCGAGGUACCUGUGCCUGUGGGAGCGAGGACGAGCCCCUGGAGGGCCCCUGUGCAGCGCCUGUGUUCACCGUAGACUAUGGAGAGCUAGACUUCCAGUGGCGAGAGAAGACGCCGGAGCCCCCCGCUCCCUGCAUCCCUGAACAGACGGAGUAUGCCACAAUUGUCUUCCCCAACAUGCCGGGAUCCCCAGGCCGCAGGGCCUCAGCCAAUAGCCCUCAGGGACCCCAGCCUCUGAGCCCCGAACACGGACCCUGCCCCUGGCCCCUCUGACCAGCGGCUUCCUCGGGCGGCCUGCAUCCCUCAGACCCUCCACUGGGAGCCCAGGUGGGAGCCUUCCCUGAAGGAGUGUGCAGUGGGGAGGAGGUGGGGAGACGCCCCAGGACUGAGCCCCGUGAUGGUGACCAGCCUUGCCUGCGCCAGCCCUGCUCAACUCCUCUUGUACAACCUGGGGGUGGGAGGUGUCCCUGUCACCUGCUGUGGUCAGGAAAGGAGACCACCCAGGAUUGAAGGCCCAGCUGCCUGAGCCAGUCACUUUCUGGUUGUGCUGCACUGGGCCUCCCACCAGUGUCUCCCCGCGGGGGAGGGCUGGUCUAGUGCCGUUGCCUCCAGAGGGUCAGGCUGCCCGAAUCUCCAUGGCCCCCCACCGCCUCCCAGGGGAGCCUGCUGCCAGGACACGGGAGCACAAGGACCCUGGUUGGAGACUCUGCCUUGGAGUGGCCCACUGACGUGCCCCCUUGUGCACCCAGAGGGCUCCGCGCAGGGGGUGGGGACCUUGUGCUCCUCCAGGCCUGGGAGGGAGCUCCUGGCAAGGCAGAGUGGGGGUCCACGGGCCACCCCCAGGCACGGCCCCACCCACCAAGCAGCCCCAAGGUGGCGGGGUAGCAAGGAAAAGAACAGGCAGAGCUAGAGUCACCCCCUCAGAGGCCACACCUGGGGACCCUCCCCGGGAAUCUCCCUCUGGUUGGCAACCACACACGGUGCUAUUUAAAGGGGCCUCGCCCAGCAGGCAGGUCUGCUGCGGCGCAGCCCGGUCCGUGGCUGCCUGGGUGUCAGGGACUCGGGAGCACAUGUCCUGUCUUGCGUUCCACAAACACUUCAGAGCCCCUCACCCUAUUCUAUUAUAUUAUAAUUAAAUAAUGACAGAAGUUCUAAGAAAAGCCCAAGUUCUCUCCUGC